AUGUCUAAGAAGAGAGAGAAGGAGAAGGAAAAAGAAGAGAAGAAACCUGAUGUAGGGCGGAAGCGAAAAGGUGCAGGAAAAUCAGGAAACGAGAAUAAAGCAAAGAUGUCUAAAAGGGAUGACGGGGAUUCAGAUAGGGGUGAAGUGAAAGAAGCUUAUUCGCUGCAGCUAAAGAAAAUCAAUGCUCACUUAACAUGUGGAUUGUGUAAGGGCUAUCUAAUAGAUGCCACGACGGUUAUCGAUUGCUUACACACAUUUUGCAAAAGUUGUCUUCUCACCUACUUCGAAGAAGAGGAUAACUGUUGCCCGACGUGUGAACAACUAAUUCAUCAAAGCCAUCCCAGUCACUAUGUGGCAUUCGACCGAACAAUGCAGGACAUUGUGUACAAGUUGGUACCUGGAUUACUGGAAGCAGAACGGAAACGACGGUUAGAAUUUCUGAAGGAUAAGAAACGAGAAGCAGGAGAGGACGUUGAAGAGGAAGAAGAAGAAACGGAGAAGAAGGUACGCUCACCAUUUGUCUGA